AUGCUUAGAACUACACUCCUUUCAAGCUUUUCACUUCUUGCAUUGCUUGCUUCGGUCAAGGCUGACGAAACCGUCUUCAGCACCACCACCUACGAUGUCAUUGCCAGAAUCCCAGUGACUGAGUACAUCUGGACUAAUGACGCUGGCUCGCUCACCACCACACAGCUUACUGGCACUGCCACUUAUGUGCCUGCCACCGAUGCUGAUGAGUCUGCAACUAUCACCAGCUCCGCUGAACCUCCACAGCAGUCUGGCUCCUUCGUGGCUUCUGUUGGUGUUCCAACCACUUCCCUGGUUGAUGCCUUACCUUCUGACUUCUUUGAGUCCAGCGCACUGUCUGCUGCUGCUGUUGUUGCCGCUCCAAGUGAGUCUGAGUUCUUGUCGUCUGCCCCACCAGCUAUCACCGAUGCUCCAUCAGCAAUCCCAUCUGGUGACUACUUCUCUACCGGCACAUCUUCCACCACAACUACCUUGGAAGAUGGUUCUUCCGCCGUUAUUGAGUAUGUUGUCUUAUACACCAACGUGUGUUCGGCCUCAGCCAACUAG